AGCACGAGGACCCGAGCUAGCUGUUGAGCCUCCCUUGUUUGUGUGUGUGUUAGAGCUGCGAUCACUGCCUCCAGCUUCUACUGUCACCUCCCUCAGUGCUGCUGUACCACUCCGAUACCUCUUUCUCUCUCAGCUAGUUAUCUUAGUAGCUGAGGUAGAAUGACUAGAAGAAUAAAACACAGGAGUACUUGUUCAGGGCAGCACAUGGAGUUACACCACGAUCGUGAAGGAAUCAUCUUGACAGUAACGUAGUGUUGGCGGUGAUAACUACGAGUUUAAUGGCUUUUAUACCACCGUCGCUCCUGAUGACCGACUACACUACAGGAUUGCCCACCAUCAUCAUCACUUAAGUGUAACCGACGGUGCUACCACACUUAACCACCACACGGCCAUAAUAUCCACUACCAGCGUGUCUAAUCAGGCACUCUCCCUCUACCACCACCACCACCUUUCACCAUCUAAAUAGUGAUUUUCAUGACGAUCAACUUGGUUACUGACGUUGAUAAUGGUGUCUGUUGUUUGCUUCAAGUCAACUUACUGUGGCUCACUUGUUGGUUUAUGGUGAUACAUAAUGAUAUUUACUGGUAAUAUUUCCAAGAUGGCCAGGAGGUACUCAGUAGCUGGUGGGGAUUCAUUGAGGUAUAAAGGGGAAACAUUAACCUGGUGACCGUGAGAACAAUGCCUACCGUCACCACUUCCUCGAGCACCAUGCGCCGCCGCCACCACCACCAGUAUCACCGCGGCGUUGGUGGUGGCUCAUAAUGGCAGGGAUACAGCCACACCGAAGGAAACGUGGUUCCAUCUUGAGACGGACGUGAUGUGUAUAGUAUUGGGAAAUAUAACAGAAACUUGAUUGGAAAAAUAUUGGAUGUUUGAGUGGAAAAAAAAAAUUGAUUGGAAAAACGUAAAAUUAAUUAUUGGAAAAAUAUCAGAUAUUUAAUUGGAAAAGAAAUCACACCCCCCCAAAAAAAUUAACACAAAAUAUAUAGUUACAGUAUGGUCUAUACCCUUAUAUCUAAAGCUUGAUUGAAGGAAAAAUUUAAGUGUGACCAUAAGAAUAAAAUUAUAAGUAAAUCACCAUGAGAGAGCCAGAUGGGAACAUGUGUAAAAGAUCACUGGAAGCUGAAGUAGUUGUGCUAAGAGAGAGUCACCAGACAGCUGCUACAAUUAAUCCUUAACUUCAAGGGAAAGUCAGACGUGGACUCUCCAUUGGUCCUUAUAUCCAGAGGUAAUGAGGUGGUACAAUGUGACCUCCCAGAGUGAUCUCUACGGCCUCACACAAACCCGGCCUCCAGGGAUGGCUUGUAGGUGACUGUGCAUGAAGAGGAUGGGGGUCAACGCAUCAUGUCAGGCUGAUGCGGGGGUCGGUCCUCAGGCCAUCUUCAGCGCUUGGCGGCCUCCGUUUUUGGAAGUUCGGUGCCGCAUUGGAGCCGCUGUGUUUCCAACUCCGUAUCUCAGAAGCUACAAGAGGGAAAAGAAAAAGAAAUUGACAAGCCUGGCAACCUUACGAAAGAAGCUGAUUCGUCGGCGACGGUCAUCCAAGUCAUGUGACCAUGCACGUGUGAUCCGAGAGUUGGUGAGUGAUUGGACGGUGCGGGAAGUGACGGCGUUGUACGAGGAGUAUGAAGCAAGUGCCGCUCUCAAGGAUCUCACCGUGCAGGCUGACCUCGCUCGACCACCGGCCCCGACCUACAAACAGGACCUGAGUGACCUCUUCGACUACAAGUACUGCACAGAUGUUGACCUGGUGUUCCAGGGAGCCAUCUUCCCCGUCCACCGGGCCAUCCUCAGCAUCAGAUGUCCUUAUUUCCAGGAGGUGUUGAAAAAGAUACCAGGAUACGGGGCCCAAAUUGGUGUGGAUAUACGGACUCCUGGCAUAGACAUCCCAAUGUUUAGUGCUUUGUUGCGUUACUUAUACACCGGUGAAUUUAAUGCUUAUGAUGGAACUAGCAAAGCUCAAAUGGGCCUCAGUAACUUGGACAUGUUAAUGCAGUUGUGCGAGGAAUUUGGGACGCCCAACCCCCUCGAGUGCGAUCUUAAGUACCUGUUGGAGUCUGGCGAUUAUGCCGACUGUGUGUUGGUGUUUUCAGCGAGUGGGGAUGUGAACCAGUCUGACCAAAGUGGAGAGGCUGGCCCGUCAGACUAUGGUUUUCACAAUCGGUUAGAACUGUAUUGCCACAAGGCUAUUCUUAGUGCACGCUCACCGUUCUUCAGAAGCCUAAUUCAGCGAAGACAACGAUACAGUGAGGACAUGUAUGAAAGGGGCAUCCCUCAGCCCACGAGAAUAGUGUUAGACGAAGGCGUUAUACCCAAGAGAUAUGCGCGAGUGCUCCUCCAUGCUGUGUAUUUAGAUACCUUGGAUAUAACUUGUAUUAUACGUGAUUCCACCAGCACCAACAGUCUGAGUGAGGCACAGAGCAUCGUGCAGACGGGUCGAACUCAAAUGACGAUGGUGGAAGAGGCUAUGGAAAUAUACCAAAUCGGUCGCUUUUUGGAGCUGGACAUCUUAACCCAGGGUUGUGAGGACAUGAUAGUGGAGUCGCUGAGUCUAGACAACCUGGUAUCCAUUCUACGGUGGUCGGGGGAAGCUCACGGCUCGGCGUGGGUCCAUCGUCAAGCUCUUCAUUUUUUGCGAGAGGAGUUUUCUCAGGUUGCUCAGUCGGGAGUGUUAUUGGAAUUGGAAAAGUCAACAUUGUUAGAAGCACUAAUGUCAGACUUCUUGCAAGCGGCGGAGCUAGAUGUGUUACAGGCUACACUACGCUGGGGGGAACACCAGUUGCUGAGACGAAUGGAAGAUAGAGAACCUAACUUAGUGUCGCAGACGACCCACUCGGUGACUCGGAAGGGUCUCCGGAAGAGGGACAUGAAUGAUGUGGAAUUGCGAGAAAUUCUGUCAGAACUCUUACCUCACGUUCGAAUGGACCACGUACUACCUCCCAACCAUGAUAUAUUAACCCAGGCUAUAAAACGAGGAUUAGUAUCAACACCUCCAAGCCACAUGAUUGGGGACGACACCACCAACUACCGGGUUAAUGCCUGGAUACGAAGUAAAAAUAAUGGCUUGUUUGUUAAGCCUAGACUUUUUACACCUUAUGCUGAAGAAAUUAAGGUCAAGCAGGGAGCGAGACGUUUGGAGAAGCCUCGUCCGAGAAGAAGAUGCUGCUGCUGUCCGUGGAGGUCUUGCUGCUUCUGCUUGUCCGGAUCUGUUGUGGACGAACAAACUGCAGGUGGGGUAGAUGUGGUUCGGCUACAGUGCUACGUGUCGCAUAUUCCAGAUGCUCUAUAUAUGGUUGAGGACAACGCUCCUCAUCCAUCAACCUAUGCCCCAUCUACUACAGUGGAUGUGGUGGCAGCUGCUAUACCAGUACCUGACUCUGAGACAGUGCUGGCCAUGGUGCGGCGAGAGAGAGAGUUGGUGUCCUCUCCUGGGUACCAGCGAGCCGCCUCCCUCCUAUUCGGUGACCGUCGCAUGCUGAGAAGACAAGUGAGGUUGCGUGUCGUCAGAGAAUUCAACUUGCCAGACACUGUUGCCGACGUGUUGGAGGGAGCGUCCUACACCGAAGAGGAAGAAGAAGAGGUUGAGCAGAGAUGUUCAGUGAGGGAUGAAGGAAGAUCCAAACUCCACCCCCCAGAGUUCUUGCUCGACCCAUUACUUGACCCUCCACCUCACCACUUCCGCCUGCUGCAGGGAGAUGAGGGCCACUUAAGUGAUGUGAUGCCAGAUGUGGCCCUGGCCUCAUCCUCGCUGUCAGCGCUACACCUGGGGUCUAACACCCUAGAUGACCGAGCAAUGGGCAGCCUGGAAGGGCUUGAGGACCUGGAAGGGACACAGAUGUCACUUGAUCUCGGCGACGGCUCACACCAUCAAGUUGGAUCGCACCUCAGUCUGGGUGGGUCCCAUCGACGACGCUCAAGUAGACGACGUCGACUACCGCCUCAUCUUACGCCACCACCUCCGAUGUCUGGUCAUCAUAUUUACGGAGGUCCUCCCCCUCGCUCUCCUCACACUCCGCCUUUACGACCACACUCCACAACUGCCACUGCCCCCCGCCAUCACGCCACCACAAUGCCGCCACUGUUCCUCUGACAUCACCACUUCCACUCCUUACAUUACCGCAGUCAUAGCCACCGUCACUACCACCAGGCGCGACACUCGCCACCCACCAGGCCGCGCACACCCAUGUUUUGAAGGCCGCUAAACUUUAUUGCCGCUUUUUAUAUUUGAUACGCCUAUUACAACAUGUUGCGAAUGGCAAGGUCUGGACAACUCCUUGUUAGCGUUUAAGAAAUCAUCAAUCCAAAAUAAAGCAAGAGAAUGCUUACAAAAUUAAUGCCAUUGAUCAAACCCAUUUUAAACCUCUAUUAAGGUUUAAAACCGUCUAUCACUGCCUACUCAUUUCAGGUGUACAUGACCACGUUUAGAUGGUGAAUUGGCAUAUUUAGGUGUGACGUAGUGGGCAUUCCGUUUUACGAAUGACUGUGGACGUAAGUAGUGGAAGUUUAUCUAUCAUGUGCUGCAUUUUUGCCAGUCAUUAAACAUCUCAUCAUCCGCUUAUCAGUGAGUAAAAUACUCUAAUCAGAAAUUUAUAUUUGGUUAGCUAAUAGACUAGCUCAUAGCUUGUCUGUUUGACCUUUUAUGAGAGAAGAAGAACAUUUCAUCAAGUCCAAAGUCACCAGGUGUUGGUCUCUACAGCAACAUUUAUCUCCGUAUGUGUUUGUAUAGUGAUGCCUUCUUAAUAAAACUGAAUAACAAAGACCUAUCAUGCUAAUGAGAAAACUUAUAAUAUUCACAAAUGAAAGUUAAAAACACCUUUUUUUUAUUUUAGUUUGAUAAAAAUACUUAUAAAAAAUUAAUCUGAGCAACUGAACAUUAUGACUUCUAUCAAUAAUAUGAUGACGGCCUUGUUUAUUUUGAUAUUUUUUUAUUAAACAGACAUCACUAUAUAUAACAAAAAUCCCCUUAUUUACUAACUUUUCAUGACAACUUCAUUAUGGCAGACCCCAUCAAGUACAGUACUGUACUGUAUAUAUGUUUGUGUCAGUAUAUCUUCAGGAUUGUAUUGUUAUUAUUAUUUGUAAUUAAGUGUAAACCAUGGUUACAUGGAGACCAAGACUUGUUUGUCAAUUAAUGGGUAGAGUUUUAUAUGUGUAUAUAAAUACAUCUUCUGAAAGGUUCAUUCCCCACUCCUAUGAAUAAGUUAUUACGGAAAGAGUUUAUAUUGGUCAUUCAAUAUAUACUGACACCUAUUUGCUUAGCCAAGAAAAUUUGAAUUUUUUGGGAAGGAUGAUAAAAACUAAAAAGAUUUAGUGUAUCUUAUGUUGAUGGGAUUCAUUAUUAAAGUGAAACUAAGUGCAGUACUGUACGGUACAUAACUAAGGCUUAUCUCUCAUAUCUGUUGAUCACGUUGCUUCAACACCCCUGUAACUUUUAAUGAUUCGAGGUCGGUCGAUGGUAUCCAGUAACUGCCCGUUUUAUGAAUUGUCAGUAUUUUGUAAAAAAAUAGUAUGAUAAUUGAGAAAAAUAACAACUUGCUUAAGAUGUAAAUUUUGAUCUUAAGCCUAGAUUCUUACCUCCUUGAUCAUUCAGAGUGUUUGUAUUGGAAAUAUAAACCACCAGAUUUGGGUGUGUCUGUUGACACAAGAAUUUAAUAUAAGUUUAAGAUGAAAUUCCAUUGGUGAAUCUCUAUUUUCAACUGAUUCUGAUUGAAUGUCAGCACCUAAAUGUGUAUAUCCGUGGCUAGCUGGCCUGUGCAUUAGUCAUCAGUAGUAUUUUUUUAGCCUUAUUUUGUCACAGUAUUAACUGAUUCCAGUACGUCUUCUGAGGAGGUAAGUGAAAAUGAGAUUCAGUUGGCCUGUCAAAUUAAGCUCUUCCCACUAUGUUUUACCCUGAAGAAAGAAAAUAUAUAUACUGUAUUAAACACUGAAUAGAAAAAGAUGCUGGUGGAAUUGCUGAUGUGAAGGCAACACACUUAACAACUGGGCAACUUUCAUGAAUUAUAAUGGUUGCUCAGGAUGCCAAAAAGUGGGCUAAGCUUAGUUGAUAAAUUAAUUAAUGUGUACCCAAGGCUAAGGGUUUAGCUGGUCUCGUGAUAUAGCAUUUUUUAUAUAUAUAACUUGUAUGUUGUGAGAUGAAAUUACACGAGAUGCUGGUAUCUCCCUCACGUAUGAUACUGAAGGAUCAAACUAUUUAUUUCAUAAUAUCUGUGCAUAGUGUAAUGAUAGGGCUUCUUAUUACAUAUCAUAAAGAGUUUCCUUUCUUCUCCUUCCAUGUAUGUUGUGUCUGAUGCAUUAGCAGUUUAGUGCCAUUUGUCUGCUAUCCCAAAGUCUGUGAUACUUUCAGUCUACUAAGAACUAUAACUCACAAUCUCAUACAGUUAAUACUGUUAUUUUCGCUUAUUAAACUUUGAAAGCAAUGCCUCUAGAAUUAGCCAAAGCUCAUUACUACUUGUUAUUGAAAUGUGAACUGAGUCACAUAAGCAGGAAAGUGUUGGAGGCCAAUAAUAACAAUAGUCAUCUGUUAAAGACGAGUAUUUCUGUAUGUUGCUGUUUAUUCCAGAUAAAUAGAUUGUACUUAGUAUCAUAUCAUCAUUGAGAGACCAGGAUGUCUUAAUUCUGAACUACCUAUCUAGGUCCAGGAGCUUUGGUUAAAACCUAUUGCUGAUGCUUAUGGCCAGCAGUGCCCCAUGUACUACAAAAGUAGAGAAUGUGAGAUUUGAGAAGAGAGAUUUUGACUGCAUGUAGACUAUAACUUUCUUCACGGAAAACUUGAUGAAAAGUUCUUAUCACAGAGGAAGAGGCACAAUGACUACCCAUUUUAGCAUUUCAUCAUAAUAUUAGCAAGUGUUGAGUGCAUUAGCUGAGAUCAUUACCAAAGAAUUAAUUGCCUAUCUUAUAUCCUCUCCAUAAUCAUUGUCAUUAGUUGUCAACACUUCAUUACCUGCUCACACUCAGAAGCGAAGGUUGUACGUAACUUACCCCCGUAUGAUUUUAAGGCGUAUGAGCAAGCCAGUGACAAAAGUUUCCUCUCAUUAGAACAAGUAGCUACAUUUCUGUCAUCUUAGGUGGCUAGUGUCUUUUUUAUCAUCAUUGUUAGUGAUGUGUUUUAUAAGUAGCACAAGCAGACUAGGGGGCAGGACUCGAGCAGUUUUCAUCUUUCUCUUUUUUUAUUGGGUUUUACGCUUAUAAAAUAUUGCCCAGAAUUGAGUCCAAUUAUCUCCUUGUAAAAGAUGUUGGGAUUUGCCCAACUGUUAAAUGGUAAUAAUCAAGUAGAUUGUUUUUGAAAAGGUGAAUGUACUGAUACUUUCCAGCUUUUUCAUCAAAUGGAGUUUUUUCAACCACCAGUGAGGUGUUCAUGAACUGUGGGAUGAGCCAUGUGAUUUGCUUGAUCGUUUGAGGGUGUAACUGCUGCUGAAGUAUGGAGUUGUUGACAUGUGUACUCUACAAACAAAUUUUCUCCUUUGUCAACGCCAAAGACUCCUGCCCCAGUGGGAGGUUAAGAGUACAACAACUUAUAUUCGUACUCCCGGCCCCUUAAUGGGCGUCCAAGUGCCUACAGUGCGGACCAAACGCAACACUGGCGGCAGGUGAGGUUGUCAGCCAAGGUCGCGUCCAGUCGAGAGUAGUUGUCUGUGGGAAUAACUUGGACAUUGUGUCCCUGUUAUUAAGUGUAUUUUGAGUGGGAGAAAUUUUAUACUGGAUGUGGAGUACCAACAGACAUACAAUUACAAAAAAAAAAAAAAAAACUAGGUAUUCUAAAAAGUAAAAGUAGGUACUGUAUAUUGAUAUGGUGACAGCACCAACACAGACACACACACACAUAAAAAUUUGUAUAUCCUAAAAUACAGCAUUGAGGUUACAUUGAUUAAUGUAGUAACACAAUUAGUAUAUAAUCCAAUUACCUCUUGAGAUUUAAACUUUUUGUUACUAGUACUGUAUUUGGAAAUGGUUUGAAUCUUGUUAGUUCUCAUACGAUAUACAUUUGAGUAUAAAUUAAUGUCUAAAAAGAAAACUGUUGAUGCUAGUACCCUGUAUUAAUAUUUGAGUAUUGAUUUGAAAUGUGGAAAUUUUUAACUAAUGUGAAAUGAGCAUAUACUGUAUAUAUAUUAUGAUGAGAAAGGACUUGUUUAUGUGCUGCUCUAGUCAUUGAUUGCAACCAUUUUUAGACUAUAUACAAGUACAUGGUGUGUGCCAAAUUGCAUGGAAAUUAUAAAUCUACAGUUUCAUCAUAUCAAAUGGGAAUUUAAAUAUAUUUUCCCUGUGAAUGUGUUCUGGGUUUGAAUAUUAACUGAAAUUGUAGAAGAUAUUAUUAUGCUGCAGUUAUUGGUAAAGGGAUUUAUUAAAACACGAGGACAUCAUACUGCUGCGUGUGAUGGAAUUAUAAAAUAAAUUAAUGGUAAUCUGCACAAAUUAUUUUCAGAAUUAAGAGAGAAACGGUGUUGUGUAAAAUAACAUUGUUUUAAAGUGAAAAUGUAAAUGAAACAUUGCUGGAAGGAAUAGGUGACUGUUUAAAGACUAGUUGAAAGACAUUUUGCCAUUGUAGCUUCUAUUCUGAGAUUGAAGCUGGUGUUCAAAAUAGGGCUGUCAAGUAUUUCCCUGCUGAUAGCUUAAGUUUCAAUCGGUGCAUAUCUUGGGGGAAAGAAAUUACAUCUGUUUCAUUACCAGUACCAUCAAAAUGUUUGCUAUGCAUUACUAUAAUCUGAAGUUACUCAGGUUUUAGGGCACUGCUCACAAGACCAGUGUGGUGGUUGAUUGAAUGACUUGUGUCACACGUAUCUAACAAAUUACUCCCAUACAUAUUUCUUUAAAAAUUAAGAAUUAUGUGUUUUGGCAUUGCAAUACACAUUGAUAUAUACUCAAAAUAAGUGUUAUUCAGGUUGUAUUUCUUAAUAUGAGUACAUAUUAAAUCAAUUGGUUUAUGGUCCUCAUAAAAACUUCCUGAUUUACAUAGUAAGUCGAGCAUAAUUUGCAGAGUUAGUUGCAUUAUCACUCCUUCCUUGUCCGCAUGAUGUAGGAACUUUCAUACUUACUCAAAGCAAGUGUGGUGGAUCAUGUAGACAUUUCUAGAUUGUUUUCAUUGUGAAUUAUCUUAAUAGGUGUAGGAGGAGUAAAAUAUUCAGACUUUUUUAUAAUUUUGCCCAUCAGCUGAGACAGACAACUUGCUUCCACCUACUAAAAUAUGGAAGAAAAGAUCGUGCUGGCUUCCUGUACUGUUUCCUCCGCCUCUGUUUUGGUCUUAACACUGGUUGAGUAUCACCUCACUCAGAUAAUUUUUUUCCAGGAUUGACACUUUCAACCUCUCAUCAUGUUCAUUCUAUCCUGUAAUUUCUUAGUCACUCCUUAACAUUCCUCCUUUGUUACUUACCCAUGAACACUCCCAAAGGGUGAUGCCAAAUUAGUGUAUCCUCAUUAUUGCUCUAUCAACAGUUACUUAAUCCAGCUACUGUACACCUUCCAACCUUUAUUUUUAGCAUUAUGUACUGGCAGCUCUAUGGAUGUAGUUCUAAUGUGUGUACUAUAUGUAACACACACACACACCCAGUUUCAGUCAUAUUUUUUCCAUUCCUGUUUUUCUUAUUUGGAUCAGUUUCUUUAGAACUAUUUGUUUUAGCUAAAUGUAGAGAACAACUCAUCUUGCUCUCAUAUGCCACACCAUGAAUGAGGUUCUCUCAUUUUUAAAGUUAUUUAAAACUAUACACUAACUUUUAUGGAGAUGAGCAGAUUACUGUAAGGUCAGCCUUAGAAAUUUCAAUUGGUGCUUGAGUAGUUCAGGCUUCUAUUUUUCCAUAUUGUUUUCCCAGUUAUGAUGUUUUUAGGUGUUAUUUGGUCUUGAACCACUUCAUGGUAGACAGCAAGGGAAUGCAAAAAGUGUUCAGUGUUCUCUGCAUAGUAAUUCACAACAUCAUCUUCAUCUGUGUCUGUCUGUGUCAAGAGUCAUCUUAUAUCCCCUGGAUUCUUUCUUUGUCUUAAUUUAUUUGCAUAAAUCUUCAGCACAAGAAACCUUGCUAAAGUAAUUACUGGUUUAUGUAGUCUCAUAAAUAUUUUAUUGUUCAUGAAUGUUUAGUAUUUAUGCAGACUAUAUCUUUAACCAGUUUGGUUAUGACAUAAACUGCCAGAUGAAUAUUAUGUUCACUGGUAACUUUA